AUGCGGUUCAUCAAUUUCUUGCUCGGUGGCCUACAAGUCGCCGCCGCCGCUUCUGCAGCAAGUCCUUCCAUCUUAUUGACAUCCUCAGACCAACCAGUGCCUUUUUUUGAUCUCCCCAAUGCCUUUCGUGGCUCGGAUUUCGUCCCCGAUCCUUUCGACGUAGAGGCUAUUCGCAAUGUUUUGGCACACUAUCCGUUAGCUAUUGACGGCAAGAACUUCGCUGCUCUUGACCGUGUCUUUGCUCCUAAUGCAGUAGCAAACUACUCUGCGCCACUGGGUGUAUUGAAACCAUUAUCCGCUAUCCAGACGGCGUUGAAGGCCAGCCUUGCAGUUGUCACGACUCAGCACUCUUACGGCACUCAAAUUAUCGACGUGCUGUCUCCGGCCUCGGCUGUUUCUGUGACGUACUAUACCGCGACUCACUUUGGGAUGGGGCCGCAUGAAGGACAGAUUGUGACUGCUUACGGACAGUAUCAGGAUGUGUGGACUCGGCAAAGAGAUCUGACUUGGAGGAUUAGUCACCGGAACUUGGUAUAUAUGGGCGCUCUGAUUGGAAAUUUGUCUAUUUUUACGUAA